AGAAGACACUACACAACUCAGAGACAUGGAGACAUUACAGGAGAGCAUCUGACCGGAGGACAGCAGGAAAGAAACAAUGGAACAAAGUUGCAGAAAAAUGAAGCGACAGCAAAUCGACGCAUAUCCAAAUCUGUUGGUCUUUGACGAGGAAUAUCAGAAUACGUGAAGAAAUUUUUUUUUUUCUGUCAACAUAGGGAAAAAAAACAUCUGUUUGUGCAAGAAGUAAAAAAAAAACAAAAAAAUUGUUAUUAUGGCUAAAAUUGUUGGUAAGGGUUGUGAACGCACCGCGAUGGAGAGGUUCGGCUGCGGAGGAAAGGCGCUCCUGCCCUGGACCAAACACAUGCUCACCGUGCUGUGGGAGCAGCUCAGACUGCUGGUCCAGGUCAUAUACUACACCUUCAUCUCAGUUUUCCAGAUGUUCCGGUUUGAGGUUCACGUGAGAAUCACAGACGAGACGGGUCAGCACAUCCAGCACAUGACCACGGCAGCAAACCCCACCGAAUCCUUCCUGUUCUCCUCGCUGUUCGACGGCGACAACGGAGUCAUGGUCGGCGGUUCGAAUCCCCUCUCUAACUUCUGUGCCGACGUGGGCGACUCCUUCGCUGGGAAAUCCACCGCCGAGGCCCUGCUGUCCACUUUACGCGCCGACGACCUGUGCUGCGGAUUAGUGGACGAUUUUGUGUCCGGCAAAGAGGACGGCAUCUUUCUGGGACACCAGUCCAGCUGGAAAAUGGGCUUCCCCGGCGACUGGAACAUCUUUGUAUCGAGCAGCGACAGCUCAAACGACGGCUGCCAUAAAAGCACUGAGAAACUCUUCAAGCAGGAAACUUCAGAAGAGGAGAGAAGUUUCCACUGGAGUAGCGAAGAAGACCAGAACGUAGUCGAAUUUGACAGCGAGGAAAGCAAGGCGCUCUGGGAGUCCCUGUCGAAAUCCAGUGAUCCGUACAACCCCUUCUUCUUCUCUGCCUGCAUUUCAACUAACACAAAUAUGGGGAGAAGUAAAGGCAAAGCGACGGACAGCGACGCUGACCUCAUGUCAGUGAGCAAGGCCAGCGAGGAGAUGUCGGGGCCUCGAGGCCUGAACAUCUGGGUCAGCCGCUCUGACAGCGAGAGCAGCUGGAGCAGCUGGGCCAGUUCAGAGGGUUCGAGCCCCGAAAUGGACGAGGAGAGCGAGAGGCUCCUGGAGUUCUUCAGCAGUCCCGACGACCCCUACAACCCCAUGUGCUUCACCGCUCGCACGUUCAGCAGCACAUCACCUCAAACCACCACCUCCACCACAGUCUCCAAACAACAGGCCUCGCUUCCUGCACCUCCAUCCAAGUCGGACACGGAGGAGAAGGAGAGCAGCUUUCCUCCUUCAUCUGAGGACGAUGAAGAAGAGCAGCUGUGGAAAGCUCUCUGCCAGAAGGACGACCCGUACCACCCUCUCAACUUUCAGGCCUGCUUACAGAGCUCCUCGGCAACAACGCCGCCGUCUGCAGACGAUCCGGAUGUCCACCACACACAAAAGCUACCCACCAAGGGAAAUAAAUGUGAAAAAGAGCCCAAAAAAACAAAGAAAUCCACCAAGCCCUCGCUGCCAGAGAGGAAGUUAAAGCAUCACUCUCAUCCAGACACAACACUAGUACCCUGGAAGAAAAAUGGACAAAAACAGCAGUCACUGCCAGAGGAGGAGAGGGAGAACAAGACCAGCAGCACCCAGAAAAAGGUGCGGUUUUCUCCUCUGGUCCAAGUCCACGUCAUGCGGACCUGGCCGUUCGCUCGCCAGGCGUCUCGUAAAGGACACUGGGAAGAAAUGGCUCGAGACCGGGACCGCUUCCGGAGGCGGGUCCAGGAAACGGAGCCGGCCAUCGGCCACUGCUUCACCGAGCCCCACAGGGAGAGGAUGAGGGCGUAUGUGGACGGUGCCUUGAAAUGAACAAAAAGUCCCGAAAACACUGAAUGUUUUAUUUCCUUUUUUUGGAUGAGAACUCUCGAUUGGUUGCAAUGCAACAGUGAUUUUGAUUUAGGCCAAUUAGGAAUUUGAUGUUAGGCCAACUUUAAUGUUCGGUGUCAAGUUGAACAACCUUGUACCUCAGAAGGUUUUUUACAUUUUGUGACUGUUGCACUGACUGACACUUUCUCAUAUUAACCUCAGCAUUAACGUGUGGAAUGUUGUUUUUGUAUGCCUUAUACACUGACCUAGUAAUGUAACUUAUUUAUGCCCUAUGGAGCUUGUUGUUUAUUUUUUACCGUUGGUUUUAACCGUUUGUGUUUUUAUAUUUGUGUGAACAAACCUGCAGUGGUGAAUCUAGAAGUUAAAAGUAGAUGAUGAAGAUAUCGUAAGAAAGCAGAGCUUUACAGUACAAAGUGUUUUGUUUAAGCAUGACGUGUUGAUAUGAAGUUCUGGUUCCAUUCUUGUCCUAUUGUUCAAAUAAUUUAGUUUUUGAUAUAUUAUGUUUUGUCUUGUGUUUUCUUAUUUGAUGGACAUGGAUAUAUUUAUUAUUAUUAUUAUAUUGAUUGGAAAGAUUCAAACACUUUGUCCGAUGUGACUCAAUCAGCUUCUCAUGGUAACAUCGUGCAGCCAGAAAAAUAUGUCAGAAAAAUCGUUGGUAGAAGAUUUGUUAUUAGGUGCUUUCGCCAAAUCAAUAAACUUUGUUACACUGUA